CAGUGUUGAUAACGCAGGGAUGUUUGUUUCUGCUUGGCAGUGCUUGCAAUCAGCCAAGGCCUUUUCUGCUUCUCAGGCCACUGCAACAGUGAAGAAGCUGGGGAUGCACGAGAAGCUGGGAGGGGAUUCAGCUGGGACAGCUGACCCCAACUGACUACAGGGAUAUCCCAUACUGCUUGAUGAUGGCGUGUCAGAAGCAGCUGGUGAGGAAUCAAGGCGGUUUACCAGAGAUCAGCUUUUUACAUUAAUUGCAGCAGCUUCUAUAAAUUUCAGUUCAAUGAUAUGCUACUCAAUCCUGGGACCCUUUUUCCCUUCAGAGGCAGAAAAAAAAGGUGCCAGUAACACAAUUGUUGGCCUGAUUUUUGGAUGUUUUGCUUUGUUCAAUUUCUUGACUUCUUUAAUAUUGGGAAAUUAUCUGUCAUUAAUUGGAGCAAAAUUCAUGUUUGUGGCAGGGAUGUUUGUUUCAGGAUGUGUGACCAUUCUGUUUGGAAUGCUCGACAAGGUGCCAAGUGGACCAAUGUUCAUCAGUUUCUGCUUUUUAGUGAGAGCAAUGGAUGCAAUAAGCUUUGCAGCAGCAAUUACAGCAUCCUUCUCCAUCCUUGCAAAGGCAUUUCCCACUAAUAUAGCUACUGUCCUGGGCAGCCUUGAAAUUUUUUCAGGACUUGGACUGGUGCUGGGCCCACCUUUGGGUGGCUUUUUGUAUCAAUCAUUUGGUUAUGAGAUCCCUUUUAUCACGCUGGGAUGUGUAGUGUUGGCUUUGGUGCCUGUGAAUAUGUGUAUAUUGCCAAAAUAUGAUUCGACUCCUAGGAAGGAAUCCUUUUGGAAGCUCAUUCUUCUGCCAAAAGUCUUAAUACUCUGUCUCACUGUAUUUUCCCUCAGUGCAUGCUUGGGUUUUUUGGAUCCCACAAUGUCUCUAUUUAUUCUAAAGAAGUUCAAACUCCCAGCUGGUUAUGUGGGCUUGGUGUUCCUUGGUUUGGCACUCUCAUACUCCCUGUCUUCUCCCCUCCUUGGACUCUUAAGCGACAAACUGCCGUACGUCAGGAAGUGGCUGCUGAUAUUUGGAGAUUUAAUGACAGCAGCGUGCUUUUUCAUGCUAGGACCUGCUCCUGUUCUGCACAUUGAAAGGUACUGCCUCUGCCUGAGCCUGUCCUGUUAUAUGAUGUUUUCAACCAUAAUCAUUCAGUUGUGGAUAUUUGUGCUAGUGUUGGUUUUGAUUGGCUUUUCCCUUGGCAUGAGUGCUAUCCCAGUGUUUCCAGAGAUCCUGCAAUGUGCAUAUGAGAAUGGUUUUGAAGAAGGUCUGAGUCUCCUGGGACUAGUGUCUGGGCUCUUCAAUGCCAUGUGGUCCCUUGGGGCAUUUGUAGGUCCAAUUCUGGGAGGAUUUCUAAAUGAACAGCUGGGUUUUGAGUGGGCUGCAGCCAUCCAAGGAGGAUGGCCACUGUUAAGUGGUCUUGCAACUGGAAUAUUUUAUAUCAUUGAGGCAACAAGGAGAAGUUCCAGUUCCAGCCUGCAAAAUCCUCCUGGUGAUAAUGAAGAAAGGACUCGUCUGAUGGGCAAUGAAAUGUAGCCAGACAUACUUUCAGUUCUCUGUUGGCUAUGGUGGUUUAACCUACUAUUGAGGUGACUGGCCUUAACAGUGCUUCAUUAUUCUGGAGCUGGGACAUGAUCUCUUAGUGAACAACCAGUUGUGGUUUAAUUGUAAAAGCAUUACUUUUUUGAAACACUAAACACUGACUGCCUUUCUUUUGGAAGUUCUCCUGAAUGAUGAGUAACCCUCAGCUGUCAGCUUGUUUAAUUGUGUUCCAUGUACAGUGCAACACUGUAUGUGAAAAAGAUGUUUUCAAAUGUCUGGUUUCCAUACUUCUGUAUGCUGUGCAUUAUUCUUGAGUACUAUUUUGCUACCAUGAUUUGCUGUACUUUUUUAAAGGAAGUUCAUUAUCUUGUAAAAACAGAAUUUGAAAUUAUAAAGGGCUAAACAAUACUAUUUUCAAUAAAGCAAUUUUUUUCCUAAGUUUUGUAAAUUUUCUUAGACAACAAGAGUCUAAAAUAAUUCUUGUCUACCAGCACUUGUGUUAUCUUGAGAACGCCUGAAAAUGAGAUGCCAAAAUAAUGAACAUUUGCUAUGUCUACCCAGAAAAAACUGAUCUUGAGCCCUGGGGAAGACUUGGAUCUGGUGUAUACAUUGAUAUACAUACACGAAAGAUAAAUGCAUGUUUGUGUUAUAUAUGAAGACUCAGCUUGGUGAUUGUGAGGAUUUAUUUUGCU